AUGUUCUGUACAAGGUGUCUGCGCACAGCUGUCGUGCGUCGACAAUUACCCGUGGCUCGCCGCCAUUUCUCCGUCGCGCCGUUCCUGCGCUCCGCCAGCGAGCCUUUGCUCUCGACUCCCACCACAGCCGCCGGCGAGCCCGCGCCGGAAAAGGCCGCGCCGCGAUCCAGCUGCCGCGAGGGCACCAUUCUCACGGGCCUCAACUAUACCAAGGGAGGCUCCGACCCCGUUGCGAAAAAGGACGACGAGUACCCCGAGUGGCUGUGGUCCUGCCUCGAUGUCACCAAGAAGAGCGCCGAGGGCGAGGAUGACACUCUCGGCGACGAAUAUUCCAAAUCCAAGAAGCAACGACGACUAGCGGCCAAGCGACAAAAGGCUACCGAAGCUGAGCUGCUCGCCUCUGGCAACCUCGAAGCCCUCCAGCCCAAGAUCCCCAUCCAACAGCAGUCGAUUAAUCUUCCGGGUGAAGAGAAUGGCUCUGUUGCCGAUAAUAUCGCAGCGGCUGAGAAACGCCAGGAACUCAAACUCGCCAUGCGCAAAGAGAGAAAGGCCAAGAUCAAGGAGUCCAAUUACUUGAAGUCUAUGUAA